UAAAUAGUGUGGUUGACUCGGUAGAAAUAUCCAUUCGAAUGAAUCACGUGAGUUCUGUUCCAAAAAAAACAGAAUAAAAAAUUUUGCACCAUGAAUUUAAACAUGGAAGAUGAUGGCUUUAAAUUGGUUAAAAAUCGUCGCCGUAAACGUUAUAAAAAAUCUAUCGAUACAAUCAGACAUGAAUACAUGAAUGAUAUUGGUACACUGAAUCUAAAUAGUAAAAAUGAUAUUGUCGAAAAAAUCCAAAAAUGUUUGUAUGAAAUAUCGUUUUUUGUAAAAAUUUUUGAUACUAAUCUGAAAGAAAUUAUUGCGUCUCAUCACCAUCAUGAUAAUCGUCCAUCCCGUAUCGAUCAGAUUGUCUGUUUUGGCUUGGGUAAUUUUACCCGUUCACGAUCAUCGUUAUAUCAAUUUGCCUUACUCAAACAUUUAAUGGAACAUGACGAAUUCAUUCAUCCUUCAGCCAAAUUCAUAAUCUAUGAUCCAAUAUUUACAGAAUUUGAACGAAACAUAUUGAAAUCGUUUGGAUUUCAAAUACUUCAAAAUAAUAAUAAUUGUCGUUAUACGAUUAAUCGGUCAUCAUCUUCAAAUGAAUCAAUUAUAUUAUUUUUUAUGCCACAUAUGGAUUAUAAUCAUUAUUAUAAUGUAUUGGAUUGUAAUCGAGAAAAUAUCGAUCAUAUUAUUAUAUUUGGUAAUAGUUUUGAUAAUUGUAUGAAUGAAACAUAUUUCACUGAAUAUUCGACAGAUUUACGUCGAUUUCUUCAGCAAAUCGGUUCCAAAAAAUUAAAACUGAUUGAACAUCAUUUAUUUGGUAAUAAAAAUGAUCAUUUUUAUAAUGAAAUUUUCUAUCGUCAAUCAUUACAACGACUUUUUUUCAUCUCAAAAACAAUGAUUCCUUCUGCGUCACACAAGAAUUAAGUUGUUUUAUAUUCACUAUAUAAUUUAAUAAAUGAACAACAACAACAACAAUAACAACGAUAACAAAAAACAAGAAAUCUGAAU